CUGAUAAUAACGGUGUUUGUUUAAGCUCGACUUUAACGCUUUUAUGGAUCUGGGAAUGGUGAGAACUGGUAAAAAGCCUAGGUAGAGUUAUCAGAGGGCUCAAGCUGAUCUCUCCUGUGCUUCACUCUGUGAUGGCAUCAGAGUCGGUGAAGGUGGUGGUCCGAUGCCGGCCUCUGAACAACAGGGAAAAGGCGCUUAACUGUAAGAUGGUGGUGUCUGUUGAUUGCAGUCACUGCCAAUGUUUUAUUGAGAAGCCGGGAGCCGCCGAAGAGCCGCCUAAGCAGUUCACCUUCGACGGGACGUACUUCAUCGAUCACACCACUGAGCAGAUGUACAACGAGAUUGCAUAUCCUCUAGUGGAGGGUGUCACUGAGGGGUACAACGGCACGAUUUUUGCUUACGGACAAACAGGAAGUGGAAAAUCGUUCACCAUGCAGGGUGUGUCAGACCCCCCAGCUCAGAGAGGGGUCAUACCCAGAGCUUUUGAGCACAUCUUUGAGACCAUCCAGUGCGCAGAAAACACCAAGUUCCUUGUGCGGGCCUCCUACCUUGAGAUCUACAAAGAGGAAAUCAGGGACCUUCUGGGGAAAGACACCAAGCAGAAGUUGGAGCUAAAAGAACAUCCAGAGCAGGGAGUGUAUGUGCGAGACCUCUCCAUGCACACAGUGCACAGUGUAGGAGAGUGUGAGCGGAUCAUGGAGCUGGGCUGGAAAAAACGCUCGGUUGGAUACACGCUUAUGAACAAAGACUCUUCUCGCUCGCAUUCCAUAUUCACCAUCCACCUGGAGAUCUGCAACACAGAUGGUGCUGGUGAAGAUCACUUACGCGCCGGGAAGCUCAACUUGGUGGAUCUGGCUGGCAGCGAGCGCCAGUCCAAGACCGGUGCCACGGGUGACCGCCUACAAGAAGCCACCAAAAUCAACCUUUCCCUGUCAGCACUGGGCAACGUCAUCUCGGCACUGGUGGAUGGACGCUCCAAGCACAUCCCUUACCGCGACUCCAAGCUUACUCGCCUCCUUCAGGACUCCUUAGGUGGCAACACACGCACCCUCAUGGUGGCCUGCCUCUCUCCUGCCGACAACAACUACGAGGAGAGCCUGAGCACGCUGCGCUAUGCCAACCGUGCCAAGAGCAUCCAGAACCGUCCACGCAUCAACGAGGACCCUAAGGAUGCACUCCUGCGGCAAUACCAGGAGGAGAUCAAACAGCUGAAAUCGCUCAUCUCUGGGCAGCUCGGGACUGCAAGCCUCAGCUUGUCGGCUUUGCUAGCAGGUCAGAGGUCACAGGGGAGCUCAGGCAUUCAGUCCAGACCUCAGAGCAGCGAGGAGGAGAAGAUUAAACAGGAUUACGAGGAGAAGCUUGCCAGACUACAGGCAGACUACAACGCAGAGCAGGAAUCCAAAGCUAAGCUUCAGGAGGACAUCACAGCCCUGAGAAUGUCUUACGAGACCAAGCUGUCCAGCCUGGAGCGAGCCCAAGCUAGUCGAGGAUCAGAUGCCUCCACCAAAGUGGUCAGUCCUGUCAACGGGGAAACUCCAGGGGCCUCUGGGGUGUCCCAGGUCAAGUUACAGGAGAGUAGAGAAAACAAGGGAGCUAUUCAAGCAGGUCCAGGGGGAGAGCCCGGGGUUCCCGAGUCAGUGGUUGUUGCUACGCCAGACCCACUGGAUCGGAAACAUGUUUUGGAAAGGCUUCAUCAGCUGGAGAAGGAGUUUGUCGGGGGUGAGCAGGCAAGAAACGAGGAGCUGCGGCAGCGGAGGAGGCAGAGGAAGACUCUGGCUAACCAGAGGAAGAAGCAGCUGAUUGAGGCUUUGAGUCAGUGCAGCGAGGACAGCGAUGUCAUGCUGCUCAACGUCUACGACUCCAUCCAGGAGGAGGUACACGCCAAGAACAGGCUGCUGGAGAACACGCAUAGCAAGCUAAAAGCUGCCAAGUUGGAGAUCCGAGAUCUGCAGGUGGAGUUUGCAGCUGAGCGUGAUGACUACCUGGCCUCCAUCCGGCGCCUGGAACGUGAAACGCAGCUACUACAGAGCCUCCUGGAGCGCAUGGUGACGCUCGUGCGCAGGGACUGCAACUACAGCAACCUGGAGCGCCUGAAGAAGGAGGCGGUGUGGGAUGAGGACAGCGGUGUGUGGAGGCUGCCUGAGGUGCUGGUGCAGAAAACAGCGCUACCUGCAGCAGUGCCGCCGUCGGCAGCCAGCAGUUCUUCCAGACUUCCAGGACGCAGGAAUUCAGCCUCGGACCCAGCGGAGCUUUUCCUGGAGGAGGAGGAUCGUUAUAAAGAGAUGCUGAAUCGCAGCGACAGUGAAAACAUCGCCAGUAACUACUUCAAGAUGAAGCGGGCCAAUCAGCUUUUAUCAGGAGAGUCCAUCUCUAAGUCCAGCCUUUACUCUGCUGUUCCAGGAAAUAUCCCGGCGCAUCAAACGCCUUGCGCAUCCAACCCUGCAGCAGAGGCCCUCCUCCCUCGCCCGUUUCGCCUGGAGUCGCUGGGUAUCGCGCCUGCCAACAGCAAAACCAAGAGAAAAAAGAGCAAGAUGUACGCCUCGUGUGACGGUAUCUGAUCUUCAGUUGUACUGUCUUCAGGAGCGAACAGUAUGGAUUACGCAGGCUCCCUUUUUGUUAUAAGAUCAGAGUGAAGGAGGAACUCUCUACAUCAGGGCUCUCUGAAUUAACAUUUAUUUUCUGCUUAUACGUAUAAGUGUUUAUAUGUAAAAAUAUAGGCCUCCCUUUCAUCC